AUGCGGCCUGUUGCACACGCCAUAGUUGAGCAUAAGACCACAAGCGUCCCAUUGCCUCUCGUUCCAUUCUUGGCGUGGCUUGAAAACCUUGAAUCGAGUGCCAAGGACGCGAGGAAGGAAAAUAUUAAGCGCAUCGUACCCUGCUAUCAAGCUUCUGGGCUUCAUGUGUUUCAUGACACGAUCAGAUAUCCGAUCAGGGCGUCUGGCGAGGUGCCUUCAGAAGUGGGUGACUCUACUCCAUUCGCCACGGAUGUGGCUCAGCAAGUCAGUCCGACGGUCGAGGAGCUGAAGCCGCUGUCAUCGGCAGAUGCAGUACAGUAG